CAAGUAUGUCGGAACUAGAGAACACAACAUUACAUAAACAGCGGCAGGAAAUACAGCUGCUGAUGGGAGAGCUGAAGGAUCGGGAUCGGGAACUCAGCGACAUGAUGACAUCACAUCAACAACAGCUGGUUGCCUGGCAACAGGACAGAGAUAGACUGACUUCACUAGAAAGGAAAUGUACACAGUAUGAAGAGGAGCUACGUAUGAAGGCGUCUCAGUUACGUAAUGCUCUCGGCAAUCUGAAGGCGAUGAAGUCAACAGAGAGUGAGAACAAGAGGGACCUGGAGAAAUUCAGAUCAACACUAGACAGAUUAUCUCAGGAAAAUAGCCAGUAUAAGGAAGAGAUCAGUCAGCUACAGGGUUUAAAUGAGACUUUACAAGGGAAUGUGAACAAUUUAUCAAACAAAGUGGGGAAACUAGAAGCUCGGGAGGAGGAACUAACUACCAGUCUCAGGUUAAAGGAGAAGGAUAUUUCAUCAGCAACAGGACACAUGAGAGAGUUGAGUGAACGUCUGCAGCAGCUGGACCUCAAAUGUAAAGAGUGUCAGGACAGAGAAAGGGAGGCCCUGAAAGAGAAACAAGACUGGAAACAAAAAUAUGAAAAUACAAAAGAUGAAUUCAACACAUUGGCCGCUGAAAUGGAUCACAGACGGAAAGAAGCUGUAAGAUUAGCCGAAGAGAACAAGUCAGCAAGGCAACAGCUUGCACUGAUACAAAAAGAAGCUGGCAUGAUGGAGAGAUGUAAAGAUGAGCUGAUUGAUUCUAUGAGGGUAAAGCAGGAGAGAACAGAUACACAGCUACGCAGUCUUAGAGAGUUAUAUGAUAGACAAGUGCGGGAGGUGGCCAGUCUACAGCUACAGCUUGAUAACUCUAAGGAGUUGAUAUACAGACAGCAGAACAGCAUUGAUGAGCAACAGUUGAGUAGUUCCUAUCAAGGGAGGUUAAGUCAAGCUUCAGAAUACUCCCUUGAACGGUCUUCAGCAAGUCAGAGACAGCCAGGAAGAACUAAGUCUUCACCAUCACUUUCUAGUAAAUACCGUGAACCAGACAUGACUGGUUCACACCAACACACUCAAAGCUCAGGGUACCAGUCACAACUAUAUGAAAACCAGACUGGGAAUCAUCCAUUGCCAAAUACAUUAGAAAAUAAUUAUGCUGACUUGACUGGUUCCAAGCAGUCAAGCAGACUGUAUCAAGAAAAUAUUAGCGAGAGAAAUUCACAAACAGGAAAAACUGAAAACCAGUCAAGGCAUUUUGAUUCCCAGAAAUUAAAAGAAAGUGACAACAGAGUGAAAAAUACUGAAUAUCCAAAUGUAGAAUCAAAUGUUAAGAGAAGCAAUUCAAAACCAGAAAGUCCUGAUACGAGUGAUGCAACUAGAGAAUUGCUUACAAAUAAUUUUCAUUCUGUACCAAAAGACCAUGAACCUAGUACCAAAGUUGGUCAUACUCCACCAAAAGCUCAAACAAAACUUGUAUUUGACUCUCCAAAGAGGCAAGAUGGGUAUGUAAUACAUGAGACCACAAUUGAGAUUUACACCGAAGAAAAAAAUCCAAGUUCGCAGAAACCGUCAUUUGACUGUGAAUUAAGUGAAAAUGCAUUAAAAGCCAUUGAAAGAGCUGAAAACAUGCUGACCAAACAUAGUGAUACACACAAAGAUCAGGUUAGAACUGAUAUUGAAACAGAAAAAAGUGAAACAGACUGUGGAAAUAAUAAUGGUGCUAAAAGUGAUUUUGAAGAGAACUUAGAUGAUAUGUUUCAAAGAGUUAAAUUGGAUGAAAAUUUUACUGAGGAAGGCCGAGAAGCAUACUGUGAUAAAGAGUUUGAAAAGAAGUAUACAUUUGACAACAAAUUGUGCUCAUUUCUUGAGGACCUGGAUGAUAUUGAUGACAGUAUAUGGGAUGAAAAACCAACAAAAAGUGCCAAUGUAUCAACAGUUGAAUCAUCUCCUGCCAGUAAAUUACGCAAAUUGCUCAUAGAAUCUCAGCAGAUGAUCCAGAGUUUGGAAAAAUCAUCAGAUUCACCAAUACAGAUUAAAACAAGGGACUCUACAGAACAGAUAGGAGUUUCAGUAUCCACGGGAGGAGAAAAUGUUCAACAAAAAUCUAACUAGAACAAAAGAUAAAUUUUACACUGUUAAGGUUCAUCAUGCAGUCUUGUUUAAGAUUCAAGCAGUAAAAGCAGCCAAAUGCUAUAUUUUAACUUUUCAAGAUUGUUUGUGGUUUAGAAUUCAAAACCUAUUUAAAUUGCGUUAAUUUAUUAUGUUGUUAAACUUAGGAAAGAUUGCAAGUUUUGUGCUGCUAGUUAAGGAACUAUGCGUUCUUGGUUGCAACUAACAUUGUUAUUUUUAUUGUUUGAUCCAUCAAAUCUGUAACAGGAGUGUUUAAGAAGUGCGGCUUUCUUUUUGCAAGAUAGAAGUACUCAACAUUGUAAAAGUCUCUAGGGUCGGUAGUAGGAUCUUUGGAACUUUUUUUAAGAUAUCUUUUGAAUUAAAAAAAUGUGUUUUUGGCCAAGAAAAAUGUAUUUUUACACUUGUAAAAUUAGCCGAUGAAAAUUUUUGAUUUUUGCAGUAAUUUACCAGAUUUAGACAUGGAAAUGUUGUUGUUAUGUGAACUAAGAUAUCUUGAAUAGUUUUAGCAAUCUUUCAAUGAAUGAAGUUACGACUUAAAGGGGUACGCAGGAUUUUCGUAAGGUGCUCAAAUUUCCGAAAGUUGAAAAGUUAUUGACAACAUGUGGAAUAACUUGCUUUUAUUGCAUUGAUUUAUAACCUAAUAAAAACAUUACAGAAAGUUAACAAAGCAUUAAAAUCUUACAGUUACAGGUACAUAAAUCAGGUCUGAAUUACUAGUAUGUUCACCUUUUUAUGUACAAAAACAAUAAUAGAAUUAUAUGAGCCGUGCCAUGAGAAAACCAACAUCGUGGGUUUGCGACCAGCAUGGAUCCAGACCAGCCUGUGCAUCCGCGCAGUCUGGUCAGGAUCCAUGCUGUUCGCUUUUAAAGCCUAUUGCAAUUAGAGAAACAUUUAGUGAACAGCAUGGAUCCUGACCAGACUGCGCGGAUGCGCAGGCUGGUCUGGAUCCAUGCUGGUCGCAAAGCCACUAUGUUGGUUUUCCCAUGGCACGGCUCAAUUAUUAUGUUCCCAACAUACGCUGACUGUAAAAUGUUUUGGACCAGCGGGCUUCCUUAAAACCAAGUUGAACACAAAAGUCUGAUUUUAGUGCUUUUGUAUCCAAAAUAACGAAAAAAUGCUAUACAAGCUCUCUGGUUAUUCGGACACAUUUUUAACUGUAACAACAGAUUUCUAUGCUUAGUUAUUGAUAUGACAUGUUUUCAAAAUUGAGAUAUCAGUAUAACUAAAGCAAGCUAUUUCUAUUAUGUCAUUAAUUUUAGAAAAUUCAGAAAAUUGGUAUGAUUUUGGGGUGGGCAUUUUGUCUGUAAAUCCCAUGUCACGUUUGACGAUGAAUUCAAAACAAAUCAUUUUUAAAAAAAAUGUUCCUAUUAACGCCAUCAGAGGUCAAAAUGAGGUACAACACGGAUGGAAAUUAUUUUUAAAGAGAAAUAAAGAAACUCUUUUAUUAUGGAAAAAGAUGGAUCAUUCAGUAAGUAGGUUCUAUAGAUAAUAGAAAAUAUAGAUAUCAGUAUUAUUUCUGUUGAAAAUGCUAUUUAUCUCUUAAAAGGCAGCCUUUAUAUUUUAAACACUUGUUAUUAGCAAAAUUUAUGAAAUAAAUGUAAAAGGCA